AUGGCGCGGCACGAGCCCGUAGAGCAGUCUACAGAGACGGCGCACGACGAUGGCACUGCGACACCGACGCUCAUUUCACCACCCGAAUCCAAGACGCCGCCAACCGCCUCGCACAAGCGCAAUCAGACCCUCGGUCGCAACUCAGAGCCAGUAGACGCAUCGGCGCUCUCCAAAGCCCUCAAGGACUUCGAGCAAGCCGGUAAGGCACGAGAGCGAACACCAAUAGCGAGCCCCAGCCGUAAGAGACCGCGGAUACAGGGCGACAGAUUUAUCCCUAAUCGCGCAGGCCAAGACUUGCAGGCUAGCUUCAACCUCCUGCAUGAUGAUGGCUCUCCAGCAACACCCUCCAAAUCCAAACGUACCCCUCACAACGAGCUGCACUUUCAGAAGACUGAAGAAGCGAAUCGGACGUACUCAGCAGUACUGCGCCAGGAGAUGUUCGAAAACUCGGUUCCCCAAGCUUUGUCACAGCGCUUGUCGCCCGCUGACAGUGCCACCACAAUGCGCUCUGGAGCACGUUCACAUACUCCGCCAACCAGGACCACAAGCUCGUUACCACCACCUAGCGGGACUCCAUCAACACCACACAAGAAUCUCUUCUCUUACUCCGGCCAACCGACGCCAUCGCGAACGCCAUCAAGUCGGCAUGGCGUGCUCAACCUCAAUGCGCGUGCAGACAUAUACAGCUUAUCACCCAUCAAAUACAGCAGUCAGCGUAUGCUUCUCAGCCCCCAACGAGCGCCGCGCGCCGUCUCCAAAGUACCGUACAAGGUACUCGACGCGCCAGAUCUGGCAGACGACUUUUACCUCAACCUCGUUGACUGGGGCAGUCAAAACACGCUUGGCGUCGGCCUAGGAUCCUGUGUUUACAUGUGGAAUUCGAGUAGCGGCCGUGUGACCAAACUCUGUGAGCUUCAGGAUGAUUCAGUGACCAGUGUCAACUGGAUACAGCGAGGCUCACACAUUGCAAUCGGCACGAACAAAGGUCAAGUUCAGAUUUGGGAUGCACAUACCCAGCGCCGGCUGCGAACGAUGAUGGGCCACACGGCUCGUGUGGGUGCCCUUGCGUGGAACGAACACAUACUUACCUCGGGUUCGAGAGAUCGCAUCAUUUACCAUCGCGACGUACGACAACCCGACCAAUGGCUCCGGAAACUCGUUGGUCACAAGCAAGAAAUUUGUGGCCUGAAGUGGAAUCAUGAAGACCAACAGCUUGCUUCUGGAGGCAACGACAACAAGCUGAUGGUCUGGGACAAGCUCAACGCAGAACCUACGUUUAAAUGGAGUGAACAUCAGGCUGCUGUUAAGGCCAUCGCCUGGAGUCCUCAUCAGCGUGGCCUUUUAGCUAGCGGUGGUGGUACCGCGGAUCGAACCAUCAAAUUCUGGAAUACAUUGAUCUCGCCAAGCGGGCCCUCAGCUUCAUCCCUUGCUGCGGCAUCGGCAGCUGCGUCGGCUUCUAGCUCCGCCAAUCUACCAUCUUCGCCAGCACCGCCUGCAAACUUGCUACAAAGCCUCGAUACCGGCAGCCAAGUGUGUAACCUAGCGUGGUCGAAAAACAGCAACGAGAUCGUCUCGACACAUGGAUACAGUCAAAAUCAGAUCAUUGUCUGGAAGUACCCAAGCAUGCAGCAAGUUGUCUCAUUGACAGGACAUACCUAUCGUGUGUUGUACCUUGCGAUGAGUCCCGACGGCCAAGUCAUUGUCACAGGCGCUGGCGAUGAAACACUCCGUUUCUGGAACGCCUUCAAGAAGAAAGAGCGCACAGGCGGACUCAGCAGUAUGGAGAGCUGGGGUGUCAUCCGAUAA